AUGGUACCUCCUCCUCCUCCUCCUCCUCCUCCUCCUCCUCCUCCUCCUCCUCCUCCUCCUCCUCCUUAUCCUCCUCCUCCUCUUCCUCUCAGGAGAACUAUCAAAAUUGCUAUUGCAAUGCAUAUGAAAAUGGAUGCAAUAAUUACACAAUUAUAUGCAUUUUUCCUCUAUUUGCUGCAAGGCUUCUUUCAUCUUGUGGAGUGGGCUAGCACUAUCGCUCACUGCUGCUCGAGGAUGCCAAAGGGCUCUCACUCUGGGAAAGAGAGAGAUGUUAUUGCCACAAGAGCCGAGCAGGAUAUAAAGGGUCCCAGAUUGUUGGCGGGAGGAGAGCUGAAAUUUGACUGGGUGUUAGACGACGAUUAG